UUUGUGUCUCCACUGUGUGGCUCAACUGUAAUGGAGUUUACAGCUAUUAUUGAUGAAAUAAUCGUGAAUGAGUGUGAAUGUUGUUCACAUGACGUCACCGUGAGGGAUAGAGUGAGGGAUGUACCUGCGGCCCCAGGUAGCAGCCAUAAGAGGAGGAGACAACUGUCCGAUUAUUAGGACGCCUCUUUAUUUCAUUCCACAUUUGAUUGAUCAAACUGGCUGAUUAGUAAUUGAUUAGGCUGCAUCCAGAUGAGUUUCUGGAAUAACUGAAAUCCGGGUCAAACUUCGUGCGGAGGGAAAACGCUGGACUUCCGGAAGCUUUUCUCAAACACAGCAGACUUCGCCUUUUCUCCCAUAUGCCGUGAAUAAAGUCCGGGAAGUGAGACCCUGACUCAGCUGCAGUAUGUGGAACAGUGAGCGAGGCUCUGAGAGGUGGGAGACGCCCCCCUUGCGGACCAGGCCAUAUCAGGAGCGCUGCGUCGACCCGGUCCAGCCCGAGAGCCGCCCCCCCGGAGCGCUCCACAAAAUCCGCCAUAAGGAUGCGAACGGGAACACCGCUGAGCCGGAGACGGUCGUGUUCCUGCCUGCGAAAGUGGAGCCCGCGUCCGGUUCCUGUGUGUGCGCUCCCUGCGUCUCGCUGAGCAGCUGCAGGACGCUGGUGUGCAGUGUGCUGACCUGCGGGCUGUACCGGGUGUGCAGGCGUCUGCCCUGCCUGCCGUCCGCCGAGAGCUCGGGAGACGACGCGGAAGCCGUGAGGGGCGCGUCCUCAGCGCCGGAUGAGAACGGCUUCUAUCCCGACCUCCGUAUCGGAGGAGUUAAAGUGGACACGUCUGUUAUUGAGGAGGAGCGCAAGCAGGUCUCGUUCAGCCCCUCCAGAACCGAGCCGGACAGUCCCGCCUACCCGAGCAGCAGCAUCCGCUUCGACAGCCUGCAGGACGAGCACUUCAUUUACGGAGACCUGGACGAGGAUGUGGACUCACUCAUCACUCGGAAGCUCCUGGAGGUUUUCUCCGAGUUCGAGAUCAAUGAGCUGGCGAAGUGCACCUCGGACUCCAUGUUCCUGAAGCGCUCGCAGGAGAUCAGCCAGCUCAUCUCCGACAUCGUCCAGGAGCACAACAUCAAGGAGCAGGAGGCGGAGUGCCGGCUGGUGCGCGAGAUCAUACGCAUCAGUACGCGCAAGAGCAAAAAGAAGCUGCCCUUCAGACCGCAGGAGCCGCAGAGGGACAGCGGCAACGACACCUGGAGGAGCAGCAAGAGGAGCAGCAAGAAGAGCAGCUUCAACUCCGUCAGCGACGGCAGUCUGAAGAUUUCGGUGGAGAGGUCAGACGAUAUAGAGGCCCGAAAGCUGCGGAUGAACAGUAACCAGUCGUACUCUCCCAGCUCUCCCAUUCCUCUGUCUCCAAGCUCAGCGGUGACCUCGGACACUCCUCUGCUCCCUCACAGUGUGCGAGCGUGAUCUGGAACUUUCCAAACGGACAAGGCUCCGCCCUCCUGAGCGGAGCUGCGGGAGCUGUGGGCUGAGUGUCCAUCAGGACUUUCACUUUAUGAGCUUGUCUGUGUGUCUGAACUCUGACGUGUAUUUAUGUUUGUAAAUAGAAAAGCUGAUUUAGUUCAUUUACAGUCUGAGCUCACCUUCAUUUAUUUAACCUCCACUCAAAACCACCACUCAGUACCAAAAAGGACGGUUCUUCAAGGGUUCUUUAGUAAAGGCAAGGGUUCUGUUUAGAACCAUGACAUCUGUAUGGAAGU